AUGUCUACUGCUACUCCACCAGGUGGUCAACGUACCUUACAAAAAAGAAGACAAGCUCAAUCCGCCAAGGACAGACAAGCUAAGCAAACUCCUACUUCUACUAGAAGUGCUGGUUUCGGUGGAUCCUCAAGUUCUAUUUUGAAGAUCUGUACAGACGAAGCUAAUGGUAUAAGGUUUGAUCCAUUAAUUGCGAUGUUUUUAACCUUUGGUUUUAUCACCUGUAUCAUGGCUAUACAUUUCAUGAAUAAGGUCACUGGUGCAACCUUCUAA